AUGGCUCGUAGGGCAAAAUCCUUAGCUUCAGACCAAGUGGAAGGGUCAUUCAAAGAACAGUUUCGAAGAAUACAUGAUUAUGCUUAUGAAAUUCUGAGAUGCAAUCCAGGGAGCACAGUCAAAGUUAAAGUGGAUGAAAUGCAAGGUGAGUCUGUUUUUGGUAGGUUUUACACAUGUUUCAAAGCAUGCAAAGAUGCUUUUGUGCUUUGUCGCCCCUUUAUUGGGUUAGAUGGUUGCUUCCUCAAAGGAAAAUAUGGGGGCGAGUUGCUAACUGCAGUGGCCAGGGAUGCUAACGACCAGAUGUUUCCUCUAGCAUACGCAAUUGUGGAGGUAGAGAACAAAGAGACUUGGAAAUGGUUUUUGGAAAUCCUAGUGGAUGAUCUAGGAGGACCUGAAGUCUGUGGGGCAUGUACAUUUAUGUCAGAUCAACAAAAGAGUCUGUUGCCUGCAAUUCAGGAGUUAUUACCUGGUGCAGAGCAACGAUUUUGUAUGAGGCAUUUGUACUCUAAUUUUAGAAAACGGUUUGGUGGCCAGAAGUUGAAAAACCUAAUGUGGAAGGCAGCAACUGUGACACACCAUGUGGCCUGGGAAAGGGUAAUGAGAGAUAUUAAAAACGAGAAUGAGGAUGCUUUCAAGUACCUCAUUGCUAUACCACCUAGGUUUUGGUCCAGAUCAAGAUUCACUAAGAAUGUUGUCACUGACACAGUAGUAAAUAACAUGACAGAGGCAUUUAACAGUGUGCUUGUUGAUGCUAGAAGCAAGCCUGUUAUCUCAAUGUUGGAAGACAUACAAAUAUACAUGAUGAAGAGUUGUGCUGGGGGGAAAGUAUUUGAAGUUGCACACCUAUCAGUGCUAGGUGACAAGUAUGUUGUCAACCUAGACACCCAACAUUGCAGCUGCAGGAAGUGGAUGAUAACUGGCAUCCCGUGCUGCCAUGCACUUGCUGCCAUUAGGUUCUUGAACUUGAAUGCAUCAGAUUAUAUCCCCCUAUGUUUCAGGAAAUCAACUUUUGAAGAGAUGUACAACUCCAUUAUCUACCCUAUCAAUGGACAAAACCUGUGGCCCACCACUGAUUUCCCAGAUGUCAUGCCUCCACAUAAAAGGAUUAUGCCUGGGCGACCCAAGAAAAAGAGAAGGCUGGAACAAUGGGCGUUGAGGAAAGAUGACACCCAAUUACGAAAAGGUGGCCAUAGAAAAACAUGCAGAGUUUGUCGUGAACUGGGGCACAAUAGAACAAAUUGCCUACAACUGCCUACACAAGGACAGUCCUCACAGCCAACUGAUGCUCCUCCACAACCAACCCAGCCAUCUCAAGAGCCAAUUUCUGCUACUCCCCAACCAACCCAGCCUUCUCAGGAGCCAAUUUCUGCUACUCCACAACCAACCCAGCCAUCUCAGGACCCAACUUCUGCUCCUCCACAACUAACCCUGCCAGUCUGA